GCUCGUCCCGCUGUCUCAGAGCCACUGCACUGCUGGCUGCAGACACAGGCCACACCAUGAAGCUGGCCCUCCUGUCCUGGGCUCUGCUGCUGCGGGUGACAGCCCCAGGCUGGGGCCCUGGGCCUACAGCAGAUGCCCAGGACAGCUGCUCCAUGCGCUGUGGGCACCCGGAAGGGCCGUGUUCCUGCCACCCGACCUGCUCUGGCCUUGGCACCUGCUGCUCGGAUUUCCGAGACUUCUGCUUGGAGAUCUCACCCUACUCAGGCUCCCUGAUGGGUGGCAAGGACUUUGUGGUGCAACACUUCAAGUGGUUCAGCCCCACAGAGGGUGUGAUCUGCAGGUUUAAGGAGAGCAUCCAGACCCUCGGCCACGUGGACUCCUCAGGGCAGGUGCACUGUGUGUCCCCCCUGCUCUAUGAGAGUGGCCGCAUCCCCUUCACUGUCUCACUGGACAAUGGCCGCUCCUUCCCUCGCUCAGGCACCUGGCUGGCAGUGCACCCCAACAAAGUGUCAAUGGACGAGAAGGGCCACCUGGUGAACGAGACCCGCUGGCAAUACUAUGGCACCAAGGACACCACGGGCAACCUCAGCGUGACCUGGAACGCCUCCGCACUGCCCACACAGCAGGUCACCAUUGAGCUGUGGGGCUACGAGGAGACAGGAGCACCAUACUCAGGAGAGUGGACAGCAAAGUGGUCAUACCUGUAUCCACUGGCCACGAACGUGCCCAACUCUGGCUUCUUCACCUUCACUCCAAAACCUGCACCCCACAACUACCAGGCAUGGGAAGUGGGUGCACUCCGGAUCGUCAACAGCAAGAGCUAUGCAGGACAGAAGGAUGUGCAGGCACUUUGGACCAAUGACCACGCCCUGGCGUGGCACCUCGGCUAUGACUUCCGGGAGGACCCUGUGGCCUGGGCUCGCACUCAGUGCCUGGCUUGGGAAAAGCUGGAGGACCAGCUGCCUGACUUCUUGGGGGAGCUGCCCGACUGCCCCUGCACCCUAGCGCAGGCCCGUGCUGACUCUGGCCGCUUCCACACGGACUACGGCUGUGACAUGGAACAGGGCAGCGAGUGCACCUACCACCCGGGGGCUGUGCACUGUGUGCGCUCUGUGCAGGCCAGCCCCCGGUACGGCGCCGGCCAGCAGUGCUGCUACAUGGCAGAUGGCACGCAGCUCCUGACGGCAGACUCGAGCAGCGGCAGCACCCCCGACCGAGGCCACGACUGGGGAGCACCCCCAUACCGCACACCACCCCGCGUGCCCGGCAUGUCCCACUGGCUCUAUGAUGUGCUCAGCUUCUAUUACUGUUGCCUCUGGGCGCCUGACUGUCCACGCUACAUGGCGCGGCGGCCCUCCAAUGACUGCCGCACCUACCGGCCCCCCCACCUGGCCUCUGCCUUCGGAGACCCACACUUCGUUACCUUUGAUGGCACCAAGUUCACAUUCAAUGGGAGGGGCGAGUACGUGCUACUGGAGGCCGCGCUGACUGACCUGAGGGUGCAGGCACGGGCCCAGCCCAGGGCGACAUCCAACGGCACACAGAUCCGAGGCACCGGGCUGACUGCUGUAGCUGUCCAGGAGGGCAACUCAGAUGUGGUUGAGGUCCGGCUGGCUGACAGGGCCGGGGUUUUAGAGGUGCUGCUGAAUCAAGAGGUGCUCAGUUUUACAGAGCAGAGCUGGAUGGACCUGAAGGGCCUGUUCCUGUCAGUGGCUGCCAGGGACAGGGUAUCAGUCAUGCUGGCUUCGGGGGCUGGCCUGGAGGUCAGCGUUCAGGGCCCCUUCCUGAGUGUGUCUGUCCUGCUGCCUGCGAAAUUCCUCACCCACACUCACGGCCUCCUCGGGACUCUCAAUAACGACCCCACAGACGACUUCACCCUUCGCAGUGGGCAGGUGCUGCCCCCAAGCUCCAGUCCUCGGGAUUUGUUCCAUUUUGGAGCCAACUGGGCUGUGCAGAACACUUCCUCCCUGCUCACCUAUGACUCCUGGUUCUUGAGGAAUAACUUUCUGUACCAACCCAAGCACGACCCCACCUUUGAGCCCCUCUUCCCUGGUGAGGCCACUCUUAGCCCCAGCCAGGCAGAUGAGGCAGCUGAACUCUGCGGGGAUGAUCAGUUUUGCAACUUUGAUGUGGCGGCCACCGGGAGCCUGAGCACAGGCAAUGCCACACGGCUGGCCCACCAGCUGCACCAGCAUCGGGUACAGAGUCUGCAGCCAGUUGUAUCCUGUGGCUGGCUGGCUGCCCCCCAGAAUGGGCGCAAGGAUAGCAUCAGGUACCUGGAGGGCUCCACCAUCUACUUCCACUGCAACAACGGCUACAGCCUGGUCGGGGCAGAGACCAGCACCUGCCGGGCUGAUGGCCGCUGGUCUGCGCCCACCCCAGUGUGCCAGCCAGGUCGGAGCUACGGGGUGCUGCUGGGCAUUAUCUUCGGAGGCCUGGCGCUGGUGGCCGCCAUCCUUCUCACCUAUGUGCUGCUUCGCCGCAGGAAGGACAACAGCAUACACAUCUGGGGCUCGCAACCGUGAUGGGGACAGCUUGGCCAAGACCCACCUCCCAGGAGAGAGCCCCUGUCUCUGGAGCAUGCAUCUGGGUCCUGCGCCCCUGCAGUCCAGACACCUGAUACCUGGGCCCUUAACAAUCUAUUACCAGAGGCCAGGUGCUCCAGCGCCCUGAGCUGUCAGCGCUCUGUACUCUGCUCCUCAAAUGCUCCCAGCUCUGGCUCCCCAGACCUUCUGAGCCACGGUGCUCCCGCACCUGACAUGCAGAUUCCAACACCUGGCUGCCCAUAGCCCGGCACCUGGUCCCAAACACACUGACAGCUGCCAUCCACUGUGGGGCCAAGUCGAGCUGCUUGGAUGCUAGAUCCCCAGGUGUGGACUAAGACCCCAUAUGGGCCCAGCCUCAGGGUGAGGAGAGGCCUCAGGACCCCAUAGCAGAGAGUGAGUGCCCUGAGGGGAAGACACCACCGCCUGCCCUCCAGGCUUGUAAUUGUAAUGCUCUUCCGGAAGGUCUCUCAGGAACAUCCCUCCCUGCCUAUACGAGGAGAAAACAAGUCCCCAUGUUCCUCCCCUGUG